GUCAGAAGAGGGAGGGAGCAGCUGCGCUUAGCCGGCCCGGGACCCUGGAGGGGAGCAGGAGGGCCUCCCGGCAAUCUCUCGGCUGCCUGACGCAGAUCCCUGCACUGAGACCCAGAAGGGACCUCUGGGCCUCUCGGAGUCCCGCCCUGACGUUUUACAGAAGAGGAAACUGAGGCAGAGAAAGCCGGCUGCUCCUCCUUCUGCCCUUCUCCCUGCCAUGCCUCAGCCCUGAGCCCGUCCUUCGGGUCCGGCCCCUCAGGGUUGCUCCGGCGGCCCCCCGCCCCUCGCCCUCGCCUCCCCCUCCUCGGGGGCACCAUGUCCUUCUCGGAGCUGCUGGAGCGGGUGGGCAGCAUGGGGCGCUUCCAAGUCCUGCACGUGCUGCUCCUGUCCGUGCCCAUCCUCUUCAUGGCCAGCCACAACCUGCUCCAGAUCUUCACGGCCGCCACGCCGGCGCACCACUGCGUGCCGGCCCCCAACGCCUCCUCCCUGGCCUCCGCCCUGCCUCUGGGGCCCAACGGGGAGCCCGACAGGUGCCGCAGGUUCACCCACCCUCCGCUGGAGGGGCCGCUGGGCCCGUGGAACUCGACCCUCCCCAAUGGGACCUGGGGCCACACGGAGCCCUGCCUGGACGGCUGGGUCUACGACAGGGCCGUGUUUGCCUCCACCAUCGUGACCGAGGUAAGAAGGCCCCUCGGCCUCCACCUGUUUUACGCAGAGUCCACAGUAAGACUUUAUGUGUUGUCUCUUGGGAUUCCCACAACCCCCCGGGGCUGUUAUUGGGCCCCUUUUGCAGGCAAGAAAACGGAGGCUCUCCCUGCUGAUGAGAUCUGCUCAGGGUCACCCAGUCCUAGUAGGGUUCUCCCUUCAGUCCACCGGACUUCACGUCCAAAAGGUCAUCGUCACCCACAUUUCCCUCAGGAGAGAAAAGAUAAAGAAUUGUACUCUGGUGGGCAUGUAAUCUCUAUUUUGCAGGCAAGGAAACUGAGGCACUAAGAUGGGAUAAUCAGUUUGUCCGGCCAUAGCCCCAUGACUGCAGUCAGGUUUCUGAUUUGGAUUAGGUGAUGACCGACCACUAAAAUUCCCUUCCAGUUUGGACAAGUCUGAGAUUUGAAGUUGUCGAGACUUGAAUCCGGCUCCCUUUA